AUGGCGGCUAUUCUUAGCACGGGCCAAAUUCGCUUAGUAGCCAGGAUUCAAUCCACGUCCAGAAGCGAUGCGGUUGAAGCGACAAUGCUCGAGCACAUGAAUAGUUCUCAUGUUGGCAACCUCAGUGUCGGGGAUCUCGCUGCCGUCUUAGUCAAAUCGCCGAGCGCAAUGGACGAGAGAGCAGGGAUUGGAUGCAACAAAGACGGGGAAUUCCGUUCUUUGCACAAAGUGCCACCUUCAUCCAGUCAUGGGGUUGCGCAUCAACCGAAUGAAAGUCACGAGCGGGCUGCCUUGACAAACCAGAUAUCAAGAGACUUUGAUGGGGACGUUGCGGGUUUUCGCUGCCUUACGCACGCACUCUUGCUUCACCCAUUGAUCCCCACCGUAAUGGAGCGAGCGAACGACGGAUCAGGAGAGCAACCCAAUCAUAUGCGAAGCGCUGAGGGCGGUCCAGACUCUUUUACCGCCCUGGCUCUCUCCUGGGCUGUGACCACCAGCGAUGUGCUACGUGGCUGA